AGCAACGGUCGAUUAAAAUAAUAAACAAACAACUAGUUCAGGAACGUCGAGAAUAUCGUCGCAACAUAUUUCCAUCCUUCAAAAAUGGACAGGAAAUUUCGGUGGACCAAAAAUACGAUUGUCAAGAUCAUGUUCUAGAAUAUUCUCGAAGUCAAGGACAUUUCUUAUAUAAAAAAAUGGCAGACGAUCCGAAUCGGGACCUGUUGCCUGUGAAAGAAGGCUCCUGUAUCGACACCUGUCGUUCUAAUAUAAUAGAUCCUCGCGAUCGACACGCUGUCAUCAAGCUCGACCGUUACCAACUCGAAGAUCGUUAUUUACGAAUGCGGGAUGAAAUACUCGAAUUGAAAAAAUUAUCGAACGCUCAAGAGGAUAAGAUUAAGCGUUUAGCAACGAAGCUUAUGAGAGCCUCGGCAACUCCAGGUUCUUGUCUCGAAACAGCGCUUGAUUUUCACGUCGAUAAAAAUCGUUUAGAUAAUUUGGAACUUGAAAAUGCCAAGUUAAAAGAUAAAAUUUCUGUACUAAGAAGCCAAAUUUUAAAUCACAAAAUCGGAGGACGAUCACCAUCUCGAAGUCGACGACUGCAAAUCUGUCCUUCCUCCGGCCCUAUAACAUGUAGGAGUGACUUGGGACGGAUACGGAGUUCAACUUCUCAAUUAAUAAGAGAAAAUGAUCGAGAGAAUGAGAACAAAGAUACCAAAAAUUAUCUCACAAAAAUUGAAGAAUUGGAAAUGGAGAAGAAAAAUUUAAUCUCGAGGAUCGAAUCCCUCGAGAGUCAAAUAGCGAUUCACGAGGCGGGAAAUCAGCGUCAAAAAGUCGCUGACAACGUCGAGUUCAUUCGUGUUUGGCGACAGAUGAAAUUACAAAACGAGCAGCUCGUAACGUCCCAAGCUCGGAACGUUUCACUCGAGGAACAAAUUCGUGAUUUGAAGAAUUUGCUGGACGAGAAAUCGAGGAAUAUCAAAGAAAUCACAAACGCUUUGCUGGCCGAGAAAAAGAAAUUCUCUGAUAUGGACGACCAAUUGACAAGAGCCAAAAGUUCGCAGUUAACUUUGCGCGAAAAGGAUGAGCAAAUCAGAGAUUUGAUGAAUGAAAUGAAAAUUUUACAUCAACAUAAUGCGGAACUAAUCGCGCUUAGCUCAAAAUACAGUAAUACCGAGAUGGAAAAUAUGGAAUUAAGGAAAAAAAUAUCGGAACAAUUAUCCGAUAAUUUGAGCCUCAAGAGUGCUUUUAACAACGAACAAGCAAAUAUCGCUGCUCUUCAAGCAGCCAAUCAACAACUCAUGUCUAAGCUUCAUGAACUACAAACAAAUAUCGAUUCUCUGACUAUCCAAUUAAAGUCUCUACAAGCCCAGAACGAGAAGCACGAGAAGCCAAUCCGGAUUGGCCCGGAUUUCGAGUCGGAUCAUCGAACAAGUACAAAUUCCCUGCAUGACGAAUGGAAGGUCUCCUCGGAGGGAAAACAUUCGCCGAAGCAUGAAAUUUGUGUUAAUUGUUGUCAACCAUCUCGAAAGCGCAUAGAUCGUUCGUCUCGACGAAAUUUCGUAGCUCGCGAGGUUCAAACGGAUGAAAUAAAAUGGGAAAUUCGUCGAAAUUCCGGAAUUCAAUCGUCACCGAGGAAAUCUCCUGGCCAUUUCGUGCCAAGAACGACCAUUUGCGACCGUUCUUUUCAACACGAAAAUGGAAAUCUCACUCCUGAAGAAAUGAUUAAGUUAUUGGAAAAAGCUCAGAUAAAUACGCCUUUGGACGCUCAAAAUAUUUCGAGAAUUCGACGUAUCGAUUCUGGGGUCACGAAAAAUUGUUUCAAUUCGUCCGAUUCAAGGCAAAGCUCUGCGCCGGUGACAAAAAAAUCGUGUCCGUCGUUGGGCAACGAUCCCUGGAAAGUUCUCCUCGUCCUGUGUAAAAUUCUCUGUGAAAACGUCACGAAUUCAUCGAAAAUUCUUGAAGAUAUUAAUUCAUGCGUUUGCGAUUAUGAAGAGCGUGAUGAAAAUAACAAUGCACAACUUUCACUGGAUUCUACGCAGGAAGAAUUUUUCAAUAAAGGUCAUGUCGUUUCAGCAUGCAGGAAAAUUUAUAACGAUCGUAGAAGUGAUACAAAGCAAAAAAUGGAAACUUCGAAAAAUCGAAUGCCUCACCUGGUCGAUCGAUAUACCGAAAUGAGUGACUUUUGCGACUGUGAAACUAACGAAAUUUGCACUUACGAAGUCGAUUGUGGAUAUCCAUGUGUGCCAUCAAUGUCUGCUAGAGAAUUCACGAGACACGAUCAAAGAUUCGAUGACUGCCAAUGUAAAAUAUCUCGAGAUCAUUUCCAAGAUUUCGUUAGCGAUUUUAGCAGUUCCAUUAGAAAAACUUUUGACAACAUACAUCAGUCAAGAGUUACCCGAGUGGAUGGCAUGUCCUCCGGUCUCUACAAGUCCUGGCAAAAAGCUUGUGAAAAAAAAAUUUCACUACUAAAUCGAUCAUCGAGUGAGAGCGACUCGAAAACCACCACUUGUCGUCGAGCCGUAAGCUCCAAAAUUCCAAUUCCCAUCGAUAUUGAGCAGCGAUGCGUUUCACGCGAUCAAGUAAGUCACGAAGCUGUUAUUGAGAAAAUUGAGAAAUUCGGAGUUGUCAAAGUUGAACAAAAUUUGAGUAAUUAUGAAAACGAAUCUACCAAUGAAAAUACCGAUGUCAACGAGUUUUCAUCUUCCAAUAAAAAUUGUGGCGAUGGACCAACAGUUUGCGAGAACGAAGCUUUUCCCAUAUUCAUUUCAAACGAUCAUGGACUUCUGGAAAUUCAUAUUAUGAACUUGCAACUUACGGCGCUGGGUCACGAAAUAUUCCGUAACGAGAGAAAUGCGAAAGAUCAUUCGUUGUUCGUGUCAUGGGAUUUGUGGAACCAGGAACGAAUUUUUACGCCUUCGCUGAAAUAUCCAAAAUUCGAUUUCAAUUCAACUUCGAUCCAUCGUGUAACGAGACUUUUCGAAUUUUUCGAUCGAGUUCUUGGCCAAAGGGUAUCUUUUAGAAUACACGUUUCUCAUCGUGGGAACACUUCCUGUCCCGUGGCAGAAGCACAUCUGAGCAUCAAAGACAUUCUCAAUUAUCCUCAAAGUAAAUUUCACUACGUGGCCAAUUUUUCAAGCAUUUUGCCCGGUUGUCGCGACGAAGAUUUCGCCAAAUUGUCCCUUUGGAUCAGACUGAACUGCGAUCUUGAGAAAAUCGAAAAAUUCAAAAAACGCAGAGGAAUUCCGUGUCGACCAUUGACCAGUGAACAAAUACCUAAAAUGGAAGAAAUUAAUCCUCCAGCUCGUCGAACAGAUGCCAAAAACGAAUCAGUUUCCUCAAAAUUUGCGGAGUUUCAAACAAACCAUUGGAAAAAUUUAACUUCAAGAUCGAAUGAUACACGAGUUGAUGGAAAAGACUCGAUAAUAAUUCAGAAUAAUUUGACGAAACUCUCCAGUUCGUCGAGCCCUGAAGAUAUUUCUCAAUUGUUCGAUGUUUCUGAGAUUAAAAAAUUCUCUCCAGAAACUUCUUCAUCGACCCUCGAUCGAUCCGCAACAAAUGAAAAAUUGCGGAAUGUUUCAUCGAUUUCCCAAAAAGUCUCGGUAAUUAAACAAUCGGAUUCGUCAGCGAUUCGUACCAUGGAGAACGACGAUACAACAUCAGAGGAAAUUCGUGAGGAAGAAAAAAGACGUGAAACGAGAUUCGCCAUAAAAUCAUCAUUCAACGAAGAAUUAAAGACGCAGGGAGAUAAAAGCGAAACUACUAGUGUCGAAGAAUUCAACAAUCUCAUACGCACCGGAACAAUUUUGAGUUCUCGUGAGUCAAAAAGUUCGAUUCAAGAUCUCGGAAAUGUUUUGAGGGACGAAAAUUGGAGAAACUACAAAAAAAAAUCGAUAGCUCCUGAGAAAAUACCUUUGCAACUCCCCACGAUGGAAACCGAAAAUGGUAGCAAAACGUCCUACCUUUACUCCGAUAAUUCUGAUUAUAGCUGCGAUGCAAUAAUCUUGAGGAUCGAGAGUCUCACGCUUUUCUACAAAUGUCCUCUCCUCGAUGAUCCCAAAAUUCAUCAACUUUACAUUGAGUUCUCAUUUUUGGGUUAUCGAGGCGCCGAACUCGAGACAAUUUCUGUUCCGAAGCCAGCAGCCGACAGCAGAGCCUAUUUUAAUUAUAUGAGGAGUGAGUUAUUUGUUGAAAAAAUGUUUGGAAGUUUUGGCUCUGGGAGAAGUCAGCAAUCGGAAUCCGAAAAUGUGCUUGUGAAAAAUAAUUUUUGUAGAGAAAAGAAAACUCAUGUGACGAGUCAUUUUCAUUGUUUGUUGACAAGAAAAUUGCGCACAAAAUACUGUUCCCUGAAUUUUUCACUGUUGUUCGCUCGUUCAUCUUUUUUUUCAGAGUUCGAAUUCGACGAGGAAGAACAUUCUACACAGAGGAAUAUAAUGAGAGAUAUUUUGACGGAGUACGAGAGUUCGACCAUUGUUUUUAUUCUCGUGAGCGAACCGCUUGCAGAAGAAAUGGAAGCAAAGGAUUGCGAGGAAGUUGGUUACGCUUUUUUCAACGUUCGCGACCACAUUCUCAAAGGGAGUUCGAAAGAUGUGUCGCUGACGAUCAUGAAUAUCGACCGAACAGAGCCUAUUGGAAUGCUCAAAAUCAUGCUGCUGGGGGCCGAAGCCAUACGUCGUUGCAUUUCGAAUUUUUAGUUCGAAAAUCUUUGUACAUUUUUAUCUCAAUUUUGUAUUUAUUGUACAGUCAAAGUUUUUGAUAAAUAAUUGUAAAUUUCGAACAAAAACGAAAAAUCAAUUUUAUUUCAAUUGGUUUUCGUACAGCUU